AUGUCUGACUCUCCAGCACUGGGAGUUUCAUCUCCCCCACCUGCACCACCACUUCCUCCUGCGCGUCCCCAGAGUGAUAUAUCCAAAGACUCUGGCUUCAUUCUGAAAGUGAGAAGUGCUCCGCCAGACUGGUUCUACCAGGCCCCCAACCCGCCCCCUCUCAUCAAUCACCAUGCCGCGCCCACAGGACUGUAUUUCUUUUACGGGACGCUCCAAGAUCCCUGCAUGCUCACUGAGAUUCUUGGUCUGGAUGCAAAACUGAAUCUCAGACCGGGAUAUAUAACUGGUUACUCUGCCAAACUCUGGGGGCAGUAUCCUGCAUUGAUUGAUGGUCCACCCGGAAACAUCAUUGAGGGUAUGGUCUUUGAUGUCCAGACUGUCAAGCAGGGCGCGAGAUUAGCCGAGUACGAGACACAAGCUUAUAGUGUGAAGCCUUGCUUUAUCAAAUAUACUGAUGGAAAGGAACCCGCGACCGCAUAUGGAAAUGUGUUCAUGUUUGUUGGAGAUGAGAGGGAGUUAAGUGAGGGUGAGUUUGACCUUAAGCUUUGGUUGCAGAGAAUGGGGAGAGAGUAG